UCUGGAGAGGGAAAGAGAGAAAAGGGAAGAAGGAAUAGUUAAGACAGGACCAGACUUGAAAAACCUUCUCCAGUGAUGGAGGGUGGAGGUGAGGUUCCCAUGAGCUCAUACAUCAUGGAUGAGGAGACGCUGAAGAGGAAGCAGAGGGAGAAACUGAAGAAGCUCCAGGCAACAGGAGGAAACCCUCGACCUGCUCGCUCGCUCCUCUUCCUCACGCUGAAGAACCCGUUCCGCAAAGCCUGCAUCAGCAUCGUGGAGUGGAAGCCAUUCGAGAUCAUCAUUCUUCUCACCAUCUUUGCAAACUGUGUGGCUCUUGCUGUGUUCAUGCCAAUGCCUGAGGAGGACACGAACAACACCAACAGCAACCUGGAGAGUUUGGAGUACAUCUUCCUCAUCAUCUUCACACUGGAGUGUUUCCUGAAGAUUGUGGCGUACGGACUGCUCUUCCACGCUGACGCAUAUUUACGAAACUGCUGGAACAUUCUGGACUUCGUCAUAGUGACAAUGGGUCUUUUCACUAUAGUGGUGGACUUCAUUAAUAAUAUCAGUGGUGUUGAGGCUCCAGUGGAACAGAAAGGUGGAGGGUUUGAUAUGAAAGCUCUCAGAGCAUUUAGGGUGCUGAGGCCAUUACGGCUUGUCUCAGGAGUCCCGAGCCUGCAAGUGGUGAUGAGCUCCAUUCUCAAGUCCAUGCUGCCGCUGUUUCACAUCUCACUGCUCGUCUUCUUCAUGGUGACCAUCUACGCCAUCAUCGGCCUUGAGCUUUUCAAAUGCAAGAUGCACAAAACCUGCUACUACAAGGACACGGAUAUCAUAGCGACGGUGGAGAAUGAGAAGCCGUCUCCAUGUGCUGAGGCGGGAAACGGGCGGCGCUGUGCCCUGAAUGGGACGGUGUGUAAACCAGGAUGGCCUGGUCCCAAUAACGGCAUCACACACUUUGAUAACCUGGGCUUCUCCAUGCUCACUGUGUAUCAGUGUAUCACCACGCAGGGCUGGACAGACGUCCUCUACUGGGUGAAUGAUGCGAUUGGGAUGGAAUGGCCGUGGCUCUACUUUGUCACUCUCAUUCUUCUGGGAUCAUUUUUCAUCUUAAACAUGGUGCUGGGAGUCCUGUGUGGUGAAUUCACUAAGGAGCGGGAGAAGAGCUCUCGGAGUGGUGAGUAUCAGAAGUUGCGUGAACGUCAGCAGCUGGAUGAAGAUCUGAAGGGUUACAUGGAGUGGAUCACUCACGCUGAGAUCAUGGACCUCGACCAGGAGGGUCAAGGUCUGCUGCCGCUGCAGGAGAGAGGUUUGGAGAUGGAGAGCCUGUACGAGUUGGAGGGUCUAAACAGACUCAUGUACUAUGUGCGUCAUGCUCGUCGCUGGAAUCGUUUCUUCCGGAGGAAGUGCCGUAUCUUGGUGAAAUCCAAGCUCUUCUACUGGCUCGUCUUCCUGCUGGUAUUUUUCAACACGCUGGUCAUUGCCACAGAGCAUCAUCAGCAGUCCCAGUCCCUCACCAACUUCCAAGAGAGUUCGAAUAAAGCUCUGCUGUCUCUGUUUGCGGUGGAGAUGGUGCUGAAGAUGUAUGCUCUCGGCCUGCCUGCUUACUUCAUGUCUCUCUUUAACCGUUUCGACUGUUUCGUCGUGUCUGUGGGGAUUCUGGAGCUCAUCUUGGUCCACAUGGACGUCAUGUCCACCAUGGGCAUCUCAGUUAUGCGCUGUAUUCGCCUGCUGCGCCUCAUCAAAGUCACCAAGUACUGGACAUCUCUCAGUAACUUGGUGGCGUCUCUGUUGAACUCAGUGCGUUCCAUUGCGUCUCUGCUCCUCCUCCUCUUCCUCUUUAUCGUCAUCUUCGCUCUGCUCGGUAUGCAGGUGUUCGGCGGAAAAUUCAACUUCCCCGACCAGAAAAUAAGACGAAGCAACUUUGACAAUUUCCCUCAGGCACUCAUCACUGUCUUCCAGAUCCUGACAGGAGAGGACUGGAACAGUGUGAUGUAUGAUGGUAUCAUGGCUCAUGGAGGUCCUGUGAUGCCUGGCAUCCUCGUCAGCAUUUACUUUAUCAUCCUGUUCAUCUGCGGCAACUACAUCCUGUUAAAUGUCUUCUUGGCCAUUGCGGUGGAUAACCUGGCUGAGGCCGAGAGUCUCACCGCUGCCCAGAAGGAAAAGGCCGAGGAAAAGAAACGUAAAAAGAUGCUGAGAUCUAAAGGGUCUGAUAAAGGAGAUGAAGAUAAAACACUGGCGAAGAAACUGGCAGAGCAGCGAGCAAAGAUGGAGGGAAUCCCAACCACGGCCAGGCUGAAGGUGGACGAGUUUGAGUUCAAUGUAAAUGAGAUUAAAGACCCUUUCCCACCAGCUGACUUUCCGGGUGACGAUGAGGAGGAGGAGCCUGAGAUCCCCACCAGCCCGAGGCCUCGCCCAAUGGCUGAUCUGCAGUUGAAGGAGACGGUGGUACCGAUGCCCGAAGCCAGCUCCUUCUUCAUCUUUGGCCCACAGAACAAGUUCCGUAAAUUGUGCCACCGCAUCAUCAACGCUACAUCAUUUACCAACAUCAUCCUCCUCUUCAUCCUUCUGAGCAGCAUCUCACUGGCAGCUGAGGACCCCAUCGACCCGCUGUCCUUCAGAAACCAGGUCUUAACGUAUGCAGACAUCGUCUUCACUUCUGUCUUCACGGCUGAGAUUGUGCUGAAGAUGACAACGUACGGCGCUUUCUUACAUAAAGGCUCCUUCUGCAGGAACUCCUUCAACAUCCUGGACCUGAUCGUAGUCGGAGUCUCACUGCUCUCCAUGGGGAUGGAAUCCAGUGCCAUCUCUGUAGUGAAGAUCCUGCGAGUGCUGAGAGUCCUGAGACCUUUACGAGCCAUAAACAGAGCAAAAGGACUCAAGCAUGUGGUUCAGUGUGUGUUUGUGGCCAUUAAGACGAUUGGGAACAUUGUGCUGGUCACCAUGCUGCUGGAUUUCAUGUUCGCCUGCAUCGGAGUUCAGCUGUUCAGGGGUAAAUUUUACGCCUGCACAGAUCCACUCAAGAUGACGGAAGCAGAGUGCAGGGGGAAAUUUAUCUAUUACCAGGACAACGCUCUGCACGAGAUGGUGAUCCGUAAGAGGAAGUGGAUUAACGGUGACUUAAACUUUGACAACGUGCUGAACGGCAUGCUGGCACUUUUCACGGCCUCCACUUUUGAGGGCUGGCCAAAGCUGCUGUACAAAGCCAUCGAUUCCAACAUGGAGGACGUUGGCCCUGUGUACAAUAACCGCAUUGGGAUCUCCAUCUUCUUUAUCAUUUAUCUCAUCCUCAUCGCCUUCUUCAUGAUGAACAUUUUUGUUGGUUUUGUGAUCGUCACCUUCCAGGAGCAGGGGGAGCAGGAGUACAAGAACUGUGAGCUGGACAAGAACCAGCGCCAAUGUGUGCAGUAUGCUCUGAAGGCCCGCCCACUCCGAUGUUACAUUCCCAAAAACCCAUAUCAGUAUCAGGUGUGGUACAUCGUGACCUCCUGCUACUUUGAGUACCUCAUGUUCCUCCUCAUCAUGCUGAACACCAUGUGCCUGGGGAUGCAGCACUGCAAUCAGUCGGAACACAUCACUCACCUGUCUGACAUGCUGAACGUGAUCUUCACUGUGCUUUUCACCAUCGAGAUGAUCCUUAAAGUUGGAGCCUUCAAAGCCAAGGGUUAUUUUGGAGACCCAUGGAACGUUUUUGACUUUGUCAUUGUAGUUGGCAGCAUCGUUGACGUCAUUUUGAGUGAGAUUAAUGUGGCCCUGGCUGCACAGGGAGGUCUGUACUGCCUGACCGGCUGUGAGGAAGUGAACCCGAUGCAGGAGAUUGCAGACUCUGAGAACAUGAGUGUCUCCAUCACACUGUUCCGUCUGUUCCGUGUGAUGCGCCUGGUGAAGCUACUGAAUCGAUUUGAGGGAAUUCGAAACCUGCUGUGGACCUUCAUCAAGUCCUUCCAGGCUCUACCAUAUGUGGCUCUGCUCAUCGUCAUGCUCUUCUUCAUCUAUGCUGUCAUAGGCAUGCAGGUGUUUGGGAAGAUUGCGCUGAUUGAUGGAACAGUGAUUAAUCGCAAUAAUAAUUUCCAGACGUUUCCGCAGGCCGUGCUGCUGCUCUUCAGAUGUGCUACAGGUGAGGCGUGGCAGGAAGUGAUGUUGGGAUGUUUAUACGGUCAGCACUGUGACCCCAAAUCAGAUUACCUGCCAGGGGAGGAGUUCACCUGCGGCUCGGGAUUCGCUGUCCUCUACUUCAUGAGCUUCUACAUGCUGUGUGCUUUUCUGAUCAUUAACCUGUUUGUGGCCGUCAUCAUGGAUAACUUUGAUUAUCUGACACGUGAUUGGUCAAUCCUUGGGCCGCAUCAUCUGGAUGAAUUUAAGAAGAUCUGGGCAGAGUACGACCCUGAAGCCACGGGGCGUAUUAAACACCUGGAUGUCGUAACUCUGUUGAGGAGAAUUCAGCCUCCACUGGGCUUUGGCAAGUUCUGUCCUCACCGUGUCGCCUGCAAGAGGCUGAUCUCCAUGAACAUGCCAUUAAACAGUGAUGGCACUGUGACUUUUAAUGCCACACUGUUUGCUCUUGUACGCACAGGACUGCGCAUCAAAACAGAGGGAAAUUUCCAGCAGGCGAAUGAGGAGCUGCGAGCAAUCAUUAAGAAAAUCUGGAAGAGGACAAGCAUGAAGCUGCUGGACCAAGUCAUUCCACCCAUCGGAGAUGAUGAGGUGACAGUAGGGAAGUUCUAUGCUACAUUCCUGAUCCAGGAGCAUUUCAGGAAGUUUAUAAAGCGUCAGGAAGAAUAUUACGGCUACAGACCGACCAAGAAUAAAAAAACCACCAAUGAAAUUCAGGCUGGGUUGAGGAGUAUUGAGGAAGAGGCGGCUCCCGAGCUGCAGAGAGCGAUUUCUGGGGACCUGAUGGACGAAGAUGAGAUGGACAGGGUGAUGGACGAAGUGGCUGAAGACGCAAUUUACAGGCGUGCAGGAGGGCUGUUUGGGAAUCACGUGGUCCCGUUCUCCCUGCAGUGUGGAGGAGCUGCACACACUCAGGUUGUGAGUCAGCGCCCUCUACAGAUCAGUGACGGCAGAGCGCAGGACAGUGACACGUCACCCCGAGUCUCCGCCCACACACAUAACUACACACAAUACAACUACUCACACAACACACACAAUAACGCCAACACAAACAACAACAGCACACAAAGUGAACUCCAUUUCCCAGCAUGCACCAGUGAGGAAGUGCAGGGCCCAGUGAGUGCUGCUGAGCUGCUCAUCCAGGAGGUGUUGGAGGCAGGAGGCGUGGCUCAUAUCACUGAUGAUCGCAGUUUUGUUAGGGUGGUGAAGGAGGAAACGGCUGCAGCACUGCACAUGGACAUGCAAGAAACGGAGAGAAAAGUAGAGACUAUGUUGGACACGUGUGCAAGGAGAAAAGCCACGCCCCUUCCCAGGUGCUCAGAUGACUAAUACAGCCACAUGUGAAAUGAAGAUUAAUGUCAAUGUAAACUAAAACAUGUUUGUUUAAGAAUAUUAUUAUGAGUGACUUGUUUAGGGGUGUGGCAUUUCUGUAUUAUUCAAAUACAUCAUGAUGCUGUUAAUGAACAUGAAUUAAUUUUCUAUUAGAUAACAAUCUAAAGAAUAAAAUAUAGAACUUCUUAUGAGUGUAUUUUGAGUUGUGUGUGUGUGUAUAUAACUCAUUUUUAAUCAUUUUGGUGCCGUUUCUGUAAUCUAGUUGGACUCUGUGAUAAUUACAGUU